AUGCUUGAACAAAUACCCGACAAAGAAACUCAAAGUAAUAAUAGUAAAACACUGUCUAAUAAGGCCCGGCGAAAACGAAAGAAAAAGUUUGCUUCUAACCAGAAGGGUGGUCGAAAAGAUAUAAGGCGAAAAAAUUCGAAACUGGCUUUAACAAUGAGUACAUGGGCAGAAAGUUUUACUAUAGCUGCUACAUGGCAACUCAAACAUCAAAUUGCAUAUUGGAAAGCAAGAGCUAAGGCUUUAGAGUUUGAGAAUCAAGUUUUGCAUGAUAUCAUCCGAAAGAAUAAUUAUAUUACCGACACCGCGCAAAAUUCAAAGGCGUAUUCUGAAACAGUUGUGUCCGCGGAUAAUUGCGAUGCAGAGGUUGAAUCUACUAUAACCGAAAAUGAUCAGGAAGAUAUGGAUUUCGAAGUGAGCGAAGAAUUUAUAGAGUUUUUGGUUGCAAAUGCAAAGUAUAAAGAAGAUGCUAGGCGGGAACGAGAGCGUUUACGCGCAAAAAUUGAAGAGGAAGAGUCCAAUUCUUUUUAUGAAGAACCUCAAGAAAGUACUGAAGAAAAACAAGAGAAGUUAAAAGAGUUAUAUGGUAAUCACUGGCAAAGAAUAUCAGCUUUAGAAAUAGCAAUGCAGUCAAAAUUUAUUAAUGAUACUGACAGAAAUAAGCCAAUGUAUUGGCCUAAUAUACCAUUUAACUUUAAUUUUAGUAAAACAUAG